AGUUAACUGCAGAUCAUAAAAAGGAAUGCCCUGAAGCUCAAGCUGUCUGUGAAUUCAAAGCCUAUGGAUGCAAAUGGACGGUAUGCAAAUAUCCUUGGUUCUAAUUUUCUAGCAUACUUUAUUAGGAAAAUAAAGGAUUGAUUUUAAAUUGUCAAAGUCCCAUACCUAAGUCACCCAAUCUCUCAUCACGUCUACUACUGUUGGACCAUCUAAACGGUUCGUACAGUAAGUCUGUUGUGAUUCUCGUGUUACCAUAAGAUCAUGGUUUCGUUUGUUGCUGCCGCUGUAUAGGGUUUAAGACUGCAGCUCCAAAACCAUCUGAGCAACGAAGUCAGCAUGGCGGCACAUUUGUCCUUGCUGUGUAAGGCUACAACUGUGCUCCUUCCAACCAACGGACGGGAUAAGAAUAAAGACGCUGCAUCUAAAUCUGAAGCCAGUGGAAGUGGAAGUGGCAGUAACAGUGGAAAUGGUGCAGUGAAUGGGAAUGUCUUGGAAGAGUUAAAUCGUCAACGAAACAGAAAUGCAGAAAGUAUUGCAACUGCGGAAGCCAAGAUUGAACAAUUACAACGAAAAUAUCGCGAAUUUGCAGGUGAGUGCAGUAGGUAUACCACGCUGUCCACAGAGGCGUUUCAGUUUAUAACACACGGUCUAAAUACCGUAAAAUGUGAGUCAUCCUGCAUGUUAAUUAUAAUCAAGCCAGAGACCAAUUUAUGAGAUCGAAAAUAAUUUAUAAGUGGUUCUGUAACAGUACAUCCUCAACCAAGUCAACCCAACAUAAUGUAUCAUAAUAGAAAAUCACGAUAGUAAAAGAUAUGGGAUUAUUGGUAAGAACUGGGCUGCCUCUGCAAACCGACUAGUUUAUAAGUGCCUAGACUUCACCUCAACAGGUUUUCACAUGCAUGGGCGUAGGUGAGCACGUACAAGCUAGGCCAGUUGAGAAUAAGUCCUAGCAAAUAAGAAGUUGUAACUAUAAAACUUUUGAAACACUGGCCACUGACACACCACCAAAAACUGAACAGAAAUACCAUUUUCCCACAACUAUUACAUUGUUGGCAUUGGAAUUUUUCGCUAGGACUUACCAGAAUAGCCUAGCUACUUCAUGUUUGGAGCACAUUUAUACAAUAUUAACUUCGCCCAUUGAGGCAAGCCAACUUAGUUUGCUGGUUUGUUGGACCAGCGCAAAAUAACCCCUACUAAAUACUUAAGAUUUUCUACUUUAAAAAUCCUGACUCCUCCAACGCUUUAUCUAGGAUCCUAUUUUGGUAUUAAAAUUUGCGGGUUUUCCAGCAACUACUUCGAAUUCACGCAUUUCUGAUUAACUCAGAGCAAAAUGUAAACAAAUGCAUGCACUGAUUAGUCGAGAACAAAAUUAGGUAUUGGUGUUUAUAUACAUUCUAGAUUUUAUAGACAUCAUUCUUGAUAGAAUGUUGAAGAGUUUUCGUAGAUGGAAAUUUGAGGGGGGAAAAUACCUAGUUUAGACGUAUGCAUGUAUAGGUCUAAAACCGCGGUGUAGGGAUAAGUUUUCUUAAUUUUGAGCGUUUUACUGGAUACAAGAGAAUGUUGAAGGCUUCUUGUAGAUGGAAUUUCAAGCGAAAAGUACCUGUAUGCAUAUGAUAUAAACGUAACCAGCAGCAGUUGGGAAAAAGUCUGUGUUUCUAUAUGUAUACAUUUUACGUGUUUACCAUUAGUACAAGUAAUUACUAUUGAAAACAUCGGCCGACCAUUAUUAUUUAAUGGCCAAGAGAAACGUUCUGCCUAUAAUGUAAUUGGACAUUUUUAUAUCCUAUAGCGAGUAUCGUUAAGGCCAUACUUAUCGCUUUGCCCGCGCGGGCGGAGCGACCAAUUUAAUCACGUGAAAAAUCAGUCGCAUGGGCACGCCAAGAAAGUUGAAUGUAGUUCUACUUUCAUGGCGUUUCCGCGAGCAUUCAGGCGGACAAAAAAAUGCACAGGAUAAACAACUACAGAGAAAGUUGAGUAAUGUUCGCUCCGCCAGUUCGGGUAAAGCGACUGCAAUGGAAAAUUGCCUUUUAAAACAUUGCGAUUUGCCGAGCCGAUGUCAUAUCCAAUUUCCAAGAAAAGUCUGCAUGGAAACGAGGUAGUCAUAUUUUAUGCAUGCAUGGUAUCACCAUAACAUGAGGUAAACAUCUGACGACAUGAUCAACUCAGUGAUAUUGAGCGAAAUGAAGGAUCCGUCCGACAAAUGGCAAAAAUGUAGACGUAUCUUUAUAAUUCGUGUGCACUUCAAUAAAACGAAAUGGAUAAAAAAUUACGAAGCUUGAAAACCAAGAUUCAAAAGACAUACAAUACAAAUUUGGCACUUUUUAAUUUAACUAAGCAUAUAGAUAGUGUAAAGUUUUGUUAGAACUUAAUAAACAUAACCAUCCCAUUAGUUUUACAAGGAGGAUGUUUUAAUUUAUUUUUGUUAUAUCAACUUAGGUCGUAAUGACAGGCAACGAAGGAAAAAUGAAGGAAGUAUAACGCCUGAAGCCAGUGGAAGCGGCCGUGGAAGUGCUGUUGUGAGUAGAAAUGUAUUGGAAGAGUUAAAUCGUCAACGAAACAGAAAUGCAGAAAGUAUUGCAACCUCGGAAGCCAAGAUUGAACAAUUAGAACGAAAAUAUCGCGAACUUGCAGGUGAGUGCAGUUGGUACCAUGCUGUCCGCAGAGGCGUUUCAGUUUAUAACAUGCGGCCUAAAUACCGUAAAAUGUGAGUCAUCCUGUUAAUUAAUGAAUGUGCGCACUCUCCCGACUCCCGCCAUUACCCGAACGUCUUACAUUUUUAACAAAGUAAAACCACUAAAACCAUAAAACUCCUCUGCGGAGGCGAAGGUAAGAUGACAAUGUGAAUUAUUCGGCUAAAGGACAUUCUCCUAACAAUAACUGCGAAUAAGCGAUCAGUUUCUUUAAUGUGCACGGUCUGUUGCACAUGUGCAUGUGAACCAAUGACACGAAAUACCGAAGGCAAAAUUAUUACUUACUCUAAUGACUGUAAAAAAAUAAGAUGUUUAUAAUAACGAGGAAUUUCGCUGACGACCAAUCAGCGUAAUUUUUACGGGUUUUUUCUCUAAGCCUAUCAAAAUACGUGAGUUCGAUGACAGCUGCUUGGAAAACCCGCGUAAAUGCCGUAAAGCGUAAAUAUUAUGCUGGUGAACUUUUGGUUUUUUUUUACAAUUUGGUAGUAGUUUAUUCGUGUAGCUGGUGAUUAAAAACAAAAUUAAAGAGUCAAGAAUUUCGAUAUUUAAAUGUUGAGAGUUGUCAAUAUAUCGAACAGAUUUGGAGAAAUUCAAGCCAGAGACUAAUUUAUGAGAUGCAAAAUAAUCCUAAUACAAAAACAUCCUGACGGUCAUGGUCAAAUCAGCCCAACAUAAUGUAUCAUAAUAGUAUUAGUAUAUCAUGAUAUGGGAUUAUUGGUAAGAGCUGGGUUGUCUCUGCAAACCGACUAGUUCACAAGUGCCAAGAUUCCACCUAAAAAGGUUUUCACAUGUGCAUAUAUAGGUGAGCACUUCGAAGCUAUAGGCCAGCUGAGAAUAAGUCCGAACAAAUAAGAAGUUGUAACUAUAAAACCUUUGAAACACUGGCCACUAACAUACCACCAGAAAUAAACAGAAAUACCAUUUUCCCACAGCUAGCACAUUGCAUGUCAUUGGAAUAUUUCGCUAGGACUUAUUUUUCAUCAGCCAUCAUUCCCGAGACUUGGCAGGUCUUCAAUAUUUCAUAACUAACAGCAGAAGCAUAUUUUCAGUGUAAUAUUAACUUCGCAAGGCGAGGCAAGCCAACCCAGUUUGUUGGACCAGCAUAAAAUUAUUAUUUAGGAUCAUAUUUUUCUAUUAAAAUUUGCGGGUUUUCCAGCAGCUAUCUCGAAUUCACGUAUUCUGAUUAGCUUAGAGCAAAAUGUAAACAAAUGCAUGUACUGAUUGGUCGAGAACAAAAUUAAUCUACCUUAUUGGUGUUUAUAUACAUUCUAGAUUUUAGACAUCAUUCUCGAUAGGAUGUUGAGGGGUUUUCAUAGAUGGAAAUUUCAGGGGAAGAAAUAUAUCUAUUUUAGACCUGCAUGACCGGUGUAGGGAUAACUAUUCUAAAUUUUGAGCAUUUUACUGGAUACAACAGAAUAUUGAAGGCCUCUUGUAGAUGGAAUUUUAAGGGAAAAGUAUACCUGUGUAUAUAUUGUACAUAGCUAUAGACGUAACCGGCAACAUGCAGUUGGGAAAAAGCUCAGGUUUCUACAUGCAUACAUUUUCAGGUUGUGUUCAGUUGGUUCGAGUUGAUAUCGUAGUUUACACGCCCAUUUGUACUCAGUGUACUGUAGUUUUGCGUGUUUGCCAUUUACCCUGUGGUACAAGUAAUUACUAUUGAAAAUAUCGGCCGAUCAUUGUUAGUUUAUAAUGGCCAAGAGAAACGUUCUACCUAUAUAAUGUAAUCGGAAUUUUUUUUACCCUAGCGAGUUAAAACACUGCGAUAUGUCGAGCCGAUGUCGUUUCCAAUUUCCAGGAAAAAGCGUGUGAACGAGGUUGUCAAACUAGUUUCAUAUUAAUCUGACACUGCAAUCGAGCAACGAAAAAUUCGUUGGCUCGAGCGGGAUUUGAUUGGAUUUGAGGUUGUCAAAUUUCAUGGUAUUACUAUAACAUGACUGAGGUUCAGCGAAAUGAAGGAUCCGCCCGACAAAUCGCAAAAAUGUAGACGUACCUUUAUAAUUCAUACGCCCUUGAACAAAACGAAAUGGAUCGAGAAUUACGAAGCUUAAAAUCCAAAAGACAUUAUACAAUACAAAUUUUGCACUAAACAUAUAGAUCCUUUGUUUUGAUUUUUUGUUAAUAUCAACUUAGGUCGUGUUGACAAGCAACAAAGGGAAAAUGAAGGAAGUAUGACUCUUUUGAAAAACACGCUGAUCGAACUGGAAGGGCGUAUGUGCAACGGAGUGUACUUGUGGAGGAUCACUGGAUACGCACGUCAUCUAGAGAAUGCACGUGAUAAUGUCGUGACAGCGUUGCACAGUCCUCCAUUUUAUACCAACUUUUAUGGGUAUAAAUUUUCCCUCAUGUAAG